UUUAGUUUAAUCGUGACAGUUUAUUUGUACCUUAUCUUUAGUGUACAUGUCGAUUUGAUUGAAGUUUUGGCAAAAUUUAGACCGUGUUUGCAUCUCUAAGAGUAAUAUCAAAAUGUUUUCGUUGGGUUUUGUUUUCAUCUUAGCUAUCGGCCUUGUACAAGGAGACAUAUGCGCGUAUGUCCUUACGCGGGACUGUGCGUUUGUGGCAACUUUUUCGAAUGUUUGCGGGACUGACGGAACAACAUACAGAAACAACUGUUUCUUAGCAAGAGCAUACUGCAAUGACAAUACAAUUCACAAGGCACACGAAGGUCCAUGUGCAACGUCUACCACAACUCCGUCACCCGUUCAUGGCAGCCAAGUUGCACUAGACAUCUUUUGUCUGGAUUUGAUUUACAUUAAGUGUCCCGCUGGUGGGUCGCAAAUAUGUGGCAGUGACGGAACAUUCUACGAUAACAUCUGUGAAUUUGACAAAGCCCGUUGUUUCCACAGAGACCUUCAAGACAAUGGAUUAAACUGCUCGUAACUUAUGAUUAACAGAUUUAAUGCAUCCCCGUAUAGAAUUUCUAAAAUUGGUGUUCUGAAAAUGUAACAAUGAAGUUUUGGUUCUGUAACUCUUUAGUUAAUAAACACUGUUAAAGAAUAAAAAGU